AUGCAUAUCUCCACGGCUGCCGACACCCCAAUGUCAAGCGUGCAAGGGCCCGCUAUGGCACAACAGAACCCCAUUCCCCAAGGCCCUGGGGCACUCUACGUUCCAGUACAUGAUUAUCAUACAUCUGUCCCCAUUCAACGACAGAAAGCUCUGGUCCCGCCCUUCUCGCUUGGCGAUCAUGAAACGGACAAUUUGAUCAUUCGUCCACCGAAUGAGCAUAUCUUCGAGAUUGGGGAGUUUGUUCCCCAAGGAUUCUUUGACCGUGUUGAUCAGUCAUCUGAGUGGAUGUACUCUAAGCGUCGUGAAGCGCAGCAGAUUCUCCCUUUUCUAUACUUGGGCCCAGCAUCUGUUGCGCGGGACAGAGACUUUAUCCGAAGUGAGGGCAUCACAUUACUGUUAUCCAUUCGCGAUAAACGAUCUGCAAUUGCCCGUUUGUUGUCCGGCACGAAGGUAGCUGAGGAGUUGGGCAUUCAGUCAGAUGCGAUUGACGUGAAUAACGAGCAAGAGCUCAUUAGCCUGUAUCCGAAUAUCAUCCGAGGCAUCAACCAACAUAUAUCAUCAGGAGUUUCCGCUAGGUCCGGCAUGCCGCCGAGAGUUCUCGUUUUCUGCGAAUCUGGCAAUGGACGAUCUGCAAGCGUAGUGAUCGCUUAUAUAAUGACCAUGUUGAAUAUGGAUAUGCCCUCAGCAAUGUGGGCAGUUCAUCAUCGACGUUUCUGCAUUGAUGUAGAUGAAUCUAUGCAGACGCUUCUUCAGUCAUACCAGGUCAUUCUCGAUGCGAAAAGGGAAGUCGCGAAUGCACGUCUACAGGAAGCUUAUACCUCUUCGUCUCUAGCCGUGCAACCGCCAUCUCAUCAAAAUGGCCAACUUGCGAGGAAACGGAGUUUUAUCGAAUAUGAUGAUGAUAAUGCUGCUAUAUCCACCGCCGGUAGCGUAAACGGCCAUCUUGUUCAACCGAAUGCGAUCCGGGUGGAGGACAACACGGAGCAUCUGAAGCAAAAGCCCGCUCCGUUCACAGAACGCGUUGCCUGA